AUGGACUCGGUUCGGAAGCACUUCGGCCUGAAACACAGGGAGGAGGAGUACAUCUUCAGGGAGCACGAGAAGCUGCGCCGGGCGUCGAAAAAACACUCGCUCCGCGUCAGGCAAGAGCUGGAGGACAGGCCCACCGUGGACAGAGGCCUCCGGGGCCCCUACGCGGUAUCCCAGGGGAGCGAGGAGAGCGUUAUCUGUGAGCCACCGCAGAAGCCGCCGUCGGGGUCGCUUCGGGCGUCCCGCACCGGUGCCCGCUCGCCGCGGCCGCCGGGCAGGCGCCCCUCGGGCCGGGCCCCGCCGGUUGCUUCUUUCCGCCUGCGGGAGUUCUACAUGAGCAGCUCGGCGUUUCACCGCUACCAGCGGCAGUUGCUGCUGCCCACCAUCGCCCCCGGGGCCGGCACGUCGCGGGCCAUGAUGCUGGCGUCGCCGCCCGCGCGGCGGGACAGGCCCCCGGCCCCGUCGGUGGCGCCCAAGAGCUCGCGCUCCGGCAUCCUCAAGCCCGCGGUGGAGUCGCCCUUCUCCAAGUCGUCGAAGAAACCCGAGCUGAGGCUGCCGCCGCGGGACUCCCGCCUGAGCGGCACGAGGCACAGCAGCUCCCUGUCCAGCAUCGACAGCGACCUGACGGCCACCCUGCUGCAGCGGCGCGUGCGCUUUCACCCCCACUUGCGGCGCCGGUCGUCCAGCCCCUCCUCGGGGGAGCCCGGCCGGGACGCGGCCGAGGGCCCCCCGCGAGCAGACCCGGAGCCCCGCGUGCGUCCCUCGCAGAAACCGCAGCUGGCGGCCCGGCCAGCUGGCUACACGAUGCCCACGAUGGUGGAAGACGUCAUAGCCUCUCUGCACUCGGAGUCCCAGCUGGCCACCGACCGGACCAUCAAGGAGCUCAUCUGGAGCAUCCUGGGCCCCACCUAUGACUUCGCCCCGGAUUUAGAAGUAGGUGAACGGGAAAAGGGAGGAUGGGUGCUCUCCGGGCAGUACGCCUUUCGUGUCAGACACGAAAGAUGCUGGGUGUGCGUGCUUCGUGAUGAAACUCCAGGCCGUUGUUUGAGUUCCCUGGACAUCACUCCUUCAUUUCCUCUGGACUUAGUCCAGAAGCGGAAGCUGGAGCAACAGCCUGUGUCUGAGGAACUUUAUGGAGUUCGUUCAAGUGAUUUCCAGCUUGAACCAGAGGAUGCAAUAGAAUGGGGGAUCUCAGACACAGAAAGCCUGUUAAAACUUCAGGAAACUUUCGAAAUUGUGCCAGUAACUGAAUCAAGCAAACUUCUGGAAAGUGAACAGCCUCCAAGUGAUUCAAAAGCAGCCAAGAGGAUAUCUUUAAAGAAAGAAUCAUCAGAAUUGUUGCAAAUUAGAGGAAAAGAAAUUAAGCAUAUAAGAAGAGCUAAAUUAGAAAUUUCAGAAGAGAAAAGACUCAAGUCUUUACAAUUCCUGAGACGUAAGAAACUACGCGUAAAAAGAAUUACAAAAGAACGCACAUUUCCUACCCUUCAUGUGCUGUGCAAGACUUUCCCAGCCCAUCAGCUGCCACUUCACUUGAGCUUGGCUUCUCGAGUAUAUCACACACCCAGCAGGAAAGGUCACGAAACUCUGGUUGGACAACUUGGAGCCUCUCUUUUUGGAAGUUGCAUUGGAGAUGAAGAUAAAGAUGAUAGAUUACUGCGUGGAAUUCCUAAUAUGGUUAAUGAAGAAGAAAAUGCUGCUAUCUUCACAAUGCCACCAGCUCAUAAACCACAACUACAACUUUUGGGAAAAGAAAUGUCUGCGUAUCCAGGAUUUACAAAGUUUCUUUGGAAUUCAGCUUCACCCAAAUUCUCUGUUCCAGUUUCUGUCAUUAAGGAAACCGUCUAUCCAAAGUAUGAGAGUGCUCAAGCAAGCAGAAUUUUACUUGAGAAAUUUUCAGUUUUUAAGAAGCAAUAUAGCAUUUCUUCAAGUAGUCUGAUACGUAAGCAUUUCAUCCUAAAAAAGUCUGCAUCAUUUGAAAAUAUCCCAAAACAUUUCAGUACCAAAUCUCUGCAAUUAAAGAGAGCAAAAUCUGCCAUUGAAUUAAGGAAGGAGGAGAAGGCCAGUGUUUCAUUUGAAAUCAAGAAUGACAUGCAAAGCAAUAUAAGAGAGGUAUUAUUUCAGAGAGCCAAGGAAUUGGAGCAUUAUAAAACUAUACAUACAGAAAGUGACAAAACUGUGGAAAAAAAUAUAGAUACCGUCCUAGCUCACAUUCAGGAAAAUAUCAAGUCAGGACAUUUGUCAUUCUCUCUCGUGGAAGCAUCUAAACAAGCUGGCAUUUCGUACAUUGUUUAUCCCAAGAAAACAAAAAAAAAAGAGAAAAAUUUAAGAUUCACUAGACUUCCAUUUGUAUUUGAUGAACUAGCCAAGCCUCCAAAAAUACUUCAAAGAUCAAUGUCCCAAGAAAUCCUUCCUGGACAGAAGAAAUUCUUGCUCAGAGUUCCAGUGUAUGAACGGCAACUUCGGAGUCCCAGCCUACCAAUGGUUUUAAAUUUUGAUGAAUUUGUCCUAAAGAAGGGAGGAAAUCCAAAGACUGCUGGCCUUCGGUCAUGGGUUUUUAAUUUGUUCUCUAAAUAUACCUAUCAUAAGGAAGACCCCCAAAUACCUAAAAUGACUACUCCUAAAGAGUAUACUCUAGCAGUGCAAAAACUACCGAUGUUGGAACUCAGUGAUUCUUUGGAGUCUGAUCUUGCUCCAGAAAUCAUUCAAUAUUAUAAUUCCGAAGUAGAGAAAUUGACUGAAGAAAUAAAUAAUAAGACAAAAUAUCCUGCAUUUUUGUAUUGUAGACGCGGAGCUAUUUAUAGGAAACUAGGAAAGUUACAGAGUGCCAUGCAUGAUCUACAGAAAGCAAUCCUCUUGGAACCAUUAUUUCUCAAUGCCUAUUGGCACCGACAUUUCAUUUAUCUUUUCCAAGAUAAAUAUAAUGAUGCUUUGGAUGACUUAAAUUAUAUAAUUAAACAUAAUAAAAAUAAUGCAGAGGCAUAUUUGUCUAAGGCAGAAAUUUACAAAGCAAGAAAUGAUAUAACUUUGGCAAUUCUAAACUAUACUCAGGGAAUUAAACGCAAGCCCACAGAUGCUGAUGCUUAUUUUAGGAGGGGUGAAUUGUAUGAAAUGGAAAACAAAAUACUGGCCAUUGAUGAUUUUUCUAAGUGUAUCUUUUAUGAUUCCAAAAGAACUGAUGCAUUAAUGAAACGUGGGUUGUUUUACUAUGAAAAUGAAAUGUGGCAGCAAGCCAUACAGGAUUUUACAGACUUGCUAGACUUGGAUCCCCAAAAUUCUCAAGCAAGGACAUACAGGGGGAGUGCAUAUUAUAAACGAAACUCAUUUAGACAAGCAACUGAAGAUUUUUCUUUUGCAAUUCACUUAGAUCCAAAUAACUGGUUAGCAAUGUAUUAUAGAGCCUGUUUAUUCAGAAAGACAAAGCCUAUGAGAGCACUACAGGAUUAUAGUGUUUCAGCUCUCAUAAAUGAUGGCUAUGAGAAUUUAAAUUGUUUUCUACAUCGGGGCAUACUCUAUGCAGAGCUAAAGUUUUGGUUGAUGGCACUUUGUGAUUUUGAAGUCGUUAUUUCUCUAGACAGAAAUUUUGUUUCGGCUUAUAUAAAUAUUGGCCUCAUAUAUUUGCUGUACCUGGAUAAUUACAUUGAAGCUGUUAGAAAUUUUUCUGAGGCUAUUAAAAUUGAUCCUUUCCAUAUUCAAAGCUAUAUUUGUCAAGCACAUGCCUUUGAUAAGUUGCAUAAAUUGACCAGGUCUUUAAAGGAGAUUUCUCGUGCUAUCCACCUUCAGCCAGAUGAAGUUGAAUUAUAUAUAAUAAGAGGACAAUAUCUUGUUAAGAUGAAAUGUUAUGAUCUUGCAAAGUUCACUAUUCAACAAGUAACAGAAAUGAAUAAAGGUCUCAUUAACUUAAGUCCUCUACAGAAAGCACUAGUUUAUUCAUUUUGUGACAAGUAUGACAAGGCCAUUCAGGUCUUGGAUGGAAUUACUUUGCAGAAGCCAGAGAUAACUACAUAUACCUUAUUAGCAAAAACCCUAAUGAAGGCCAAAAGAAAUAAGGAAGCUUUGAAAAUGUUUAAAAAGGCAUUGGGGGUGUUUUCACAGUCCAGCAAAGGACCGGAUGCCACUGAAGCUUCAGCAGACUGUCUGUAUCACUUGGGUCUUUGUUAUGUGGAGGAAGGCAAUUCGCAAAUGGCUUAUGAUUGUUUUACAAAAGCUGUGAAAGCAAAACCAGAUUUUGCAGAAGGCUUUUAUCAACGUGGGCUUUGUAAAGUAAAACUUGGCAAGAAUUACCCAAUCCUGGAUUUUAAUCGUGCAAUUACCCUGGAUUCAAAUCAUUACCAGGCAUACUUAAGUCGAGCAGCCUACUAUGGUUUGAAAGGCAGAUAUUCCAAAGCAAUCUUAAAUUGUAAUGAGGCCAUUAAGAUUUGUUCUCAGAAUGUGUUUGCCUAUAUCUACAGAGGAGUUCUGAAAUACUACAAUAAGACAUAUAAAUUAGCUAUUAAAGAUUUAACCAUAGCUGUCAGCAUGGACAAAAAUAGUUAUAUAGCAUUUUAUAACAGAGCUAUUUGUUACACCCAGGUCAGUGAAUAUGCAAAGGCAUUAAUAGAUUAUGGAAUAGUGCUUCUUCUUGAUUCUGGAGAAACCAUAGUCUUGAACACUUUCAUUAAUCGUGGACGUAUCUAUACAGAACUAAAGCAGUACCAUUUUGCUUUAGAGGAUUUUAAAACUGCGGCAGAGAUGCAAAAGACCAAUGCCAACUUUUAUUAUGCCACUGCUGAGUGCCAUUACAGAAUUAAAGAGUUUGAAGAAGCUGUCCAUUUCUUCAGUCAUGCUCUUAGCUUGGAUAUACAUUUUCUGGAUGCUUACAUUGGACGGGGAAAUUCUUAUGUGGAAUAUGGUGAUGACAAAGCCACAAAGCAAGCCCAGAAGGAUUUUAUUCGAGCAUUGCAUUUUUGCCCAUCGUAUUUAAGAGCUAGAAUUUGUUUUGCUUAUAAUUUACAGGCCCAAGGAAAAUUCCAGAAAGCUUGGAACCACUUUACUAUUGCCAUAGACAGUGAUCCAAAGAGCUACAAAGCCUACGAAGGUAGAGCUGUGGUCUGUCUUCAGAUGGGUGAUUACUUUGCUGCAAUUCAGGAUAUUAACAUUGCCGUAAAGAUCAAUACUACAGCAGAAUUCUUAACAAAUCGUGGUGUGAUUCAUGAGUUUAUGGGUCAACAACAGAAUGCAAUGAAAGACUAUCAAGCCGCACUUUCUCUAAACCCCACAUACUCGCUGGCUUACUUUAAUGCAGGAAAUAUCUACUUUCACCACAGGCAGUUUUCCCAGGCCCGUGAUUAUUUCUCAAAAGCUUUAAAGUUUGAUCCAGAAAAUGAAUGUGCUGCCUUGAAUCGAGCCAUUACAAACACAUUACUAAAGAAAUAUGAAGAAGCAAAAGAAGAUUUUAGACAUAUAGCUGAAAUCUGUCCCUUUUGGUCUGCGGUGUAUUUUAAUAGAGCACACUACUACUGUUGUUUAAAGCAAUUUGAACUAGCAGAAGAAGACUACAGUAAAGCCCUGUCUUUGAAGCCAAAUGACACUCUAAUAUAUAAUCUUAGAGCAGAAGUUCGUGGUAAAUUAGGUCAUAUUAGUGAAGCUAUGGCUGACUACAACAAAGCACUUGAUCUUCAAGAUUAUGCUUUAGUUAAGUGA